CUGUGUCCCUGUGUCCCUGUGUCCCUGUGCUGUGGUGUCUGUGCUGCUCCUGCUGCUGCUGCUGCUGCUGCUGCUGCGGUGGUGAGGAAAUUCCCUCGGGCUUCCCAUGGGAUUUGUGGAUUGUUGGGGGGGGGGGAUUCCGGGAAAGGGAACCCUCGGUGCAGCUCGGCCCGUGGGAGAGAACCCAGACAGGGAGGGAGAGACCCAGGAAGGGUGAGAGAGGCACCAAGAAGUGGGAAAGGACCCCGGGAAGGGUGGGAGAGACCCCAGGAAAGGUAAAAGAGACCCCAGGAAGGGUGAGAGAGACACCAAGAAGCGGGAAAGGACCACAGAAAGGGUGGGAGAGAACCCAGGAAAGGUAAAAGAGACCCCAGGAAGGGUGGGAGAAACCGUGGAAAGAGUGGGAGAGACCCCAGGAAAGAGUAGGGAAGGACCCCAGCAAGAGUGGGGAGAGAUCCUGGGAAAGGUGGAAGAGACCCCAGCAAGUGGGAAAAAACUACAGGAAGGAUGGGAGAGAUCCCAGCAAUUGGGAAAGGAUCACAGGAAGGGUGGGAAAGGCCCCAGAAAGGGAGGGAAGGACCCAACAAGGGUAGAGAAGGAUCCCAGAAAGUGUGGGGAGAGACCCCAACAAGAUUAGGGAAGAAUCCCAGAAAAAGUGGGAGAGACCCUAGAAAGCAGGAAAGGACCCCAGCAAGGGUAGGGAAGAAUCCCAGUAAGAGUGGGAAAGACCCAGGAAGGGUGGGAGAGACCCCAGCAAGUGGGAAAGAACCACAGGAAGGAUGGAAGAGGCCCCAGGAAGGGUGGGAGAGACCCCAGCAAGUGGGAAAGAACCAUAGGAAGGAUGGAAGAGGCCCCAGGAAGGGUGGGAGAGACCCCGGCAAGGGUGACCCGAGCCAGCUGCACCCCCAGGAAGCACAUCCCCUGUCUGAUCCCAGCAGCUCCCCCCAUUCCAUGGAUGCACAAGGGUCCCUCCGUGACUUCCCCGUGGUGGGGUGUCCCAGGGUCACCCUCUGGGGCAAAAUUCCCAUGGAAUAGAGGUGGCAGCACCUUGUUGCCCUGGCAUCCUGCUCCAUCCCAGUGCAGGGUCCUGCAGACAGGGGACACCCCCGGCCUGGUGACCCACAGGUCCCCGGGAAAGUCACCUGAGGCUGCAGCAGGAAAACCAGGAUCCACUGACCCCCCUUCUCCCAGCGCCUGGCACCGGAGGGAUCCUCCUGGCAGAGCUCCUUGGCCACGAUUCCAGCAGGUCCCAGUCGCUUCCAGAGCUGCUGGAAUCCCUUCCCCAGCCCGUGGCCACCGAGCUGGGAGCACUCACCAGGCUGGGACGGGCAGUGGGAUCCUGGGAUUGGCCCUUCCUGCCCAUGCGUGGGACCGGGCGGGGACGAUCCACGGGACGGGGCGGGCACAGCGGGGUGGAAGGGUUCUCCCGUGGGAAUUUCCCCAGCCUGCAUGGCCAGCUGUGUGCUCUUGGUCGUGCUCCCUCCGUGCUGUCCGUGUGUCCCGUUGUGGUGCCCGUGGAGCUCCAUCCGUGUCGCUCCCCCGUGUGCCGCAGCCCCGGAGCCCUCGGAGCUCUGGGAUGGCUCCUGUGGGAUCUCACCUGCCGUUCUCUGCCGAGCAGCGCUGAAUUCCCGAGGCCGCGGCCCCACCCCGGGGCCCUGCCCGGGCGGGGCUGGGAAGGGCUGCCCUCCCGCUGGAUGCCAUCCCUAGGGAUCGGCCCUGCUCCCGGCUGGAGCAGAGGGGUGGGAUGCUCGGGAGCCCCUGUCCCGCCUCAGUUCUGGGGAGCACCCUCGGGCCCGGAGCGCGGCUCUGCCCGGAGCGGGGCCGUGCCGGGGCUCUGCUCCCCGCUCCCUGCUCCCUGCUCCCAUUCCAGGCCCGAUCCCGCGGUGGGGGGGGCUCAUCCCAUCGCACCCGCCCACGUCCUCAUCCCUGCGGUGCUGCCGCUGCCCUCACGGAGCGUCCGUGUGUCCAGGGGGCACCGGGGGGGGACCUGCCCUGGGCUGGUGCUGCGGGACCUCAUCCCGGGGCUCUUCCCGCCGCUCUUCCCGCGGCUGCCGGAGCGGGACGGGCAGAGUUCAGCCGGGUCCUGCCCCCACUCCCGGCCCCAGAGGAUUUGGGGUGGUGGCAGGGCCAGUGUCCCACGAUGGCCGUGCUGUCCCAGUCCCGUGUCACCCGUGGGACCGUCCCUGAUGCUGCCACCGUGUGUGGGAAACCUUUGGAUGCUGUUCCAUCCAUGCCCGGUAUCCCUGCCCAGCUCCCAGUAUCCCUGCCCAGCUCCCAGUAUCCCUGCCCAGCUCCCAGCAUGAGCCAGAGGCAGGAUCAGGGUCAGGAGCAGGGUUAGGGUUAGGAUUGGGGUCAGGAUCAGGAGCAGAGUUAAGAUCUGGACUGCAGUUAAGUUUAGGGUCAGGCUUAAGGUUAGGGUCAGGUUUAGGGUUAGGAUCAGGAUCAGAAUCAGGGUUGGGGUUAGGAUCAGGUUUAGGGUUUAGAGUCAAAGAUCAGGUUUACAGUUUGGGUCACUAUCAGGGUCAGGGUUAAGAUCAGGGUUAAGGUUAAGUUUAGGGUCAGGUUUAAGGUUAGGAUCAGAGUCAGGGUAAGGAUUAGAAUUGGGGUUAAAUUUACAGUCAGGUUUACGUUUAGGAUCAGAGUCAGGAUCAGGGUUAAGAUCAGGGUCAGGUUUGGCAUCAGGAUUAGGGUUAACCUUAGGGUCAGGUUUAGGGUUAGGGUCAGGAUCAGAGUCAAAUUCACGGUUAGGAUUAAGAUUAGGUUUAGACUUGGGUUAGGGUUGGGAUAAGGCUUAUGGUUAAGUUUAGGAUCACGUUAGGGUCAGAGUUAAGCUUAGGAUCACAGACAAGGGUUAGGUUUAGGGUUAAGGUUAAGGUUAGGGUCAGGCUUACCUGCUGUCUUGAUCCAGCAGGAUCAACAAAUCCCUGCCUGUGGGAUCCCCGCUGGCUCUCCCUGGUCCCUGCUCAGCUGAGCCUCUUUAAACUCAUCCUUAGCCCAGGAGUUUGUGUUUAAUCCCUGCCAGGACGGGCUGCUCCAAACCCGGGAUAUUUUAGGGAGCAGCAUCAAGGACAGUCAGUGCCAGAGCAGAUCCAGGGCACCCCCGGCUCCCCAGGCUCAGGUUUGGGCUGUCGGUGACAUUCCCAAAGCUGGGUCUGAGGGAAGGUGAUGACACAGCUCAACUGUCCCCUCCGUGUCCGGCCCAGAGGUGUCCCUGCAGCUCAUCCAAGGACGCAGGGAAAGUCCCACAUCCUUAUUUUCUGGGCAUUUCUAGGACUAGGAGCUUUCUGAGUGCAGGAGAAGGAGGGACAGGCUGUUCUGAUCCCUGGAUCCCACUGGAGUCUGUGGGAUGGCGCGGUGAGCAAGGAAGGUCCGUAGAAAGGUUGGAAGAAGGUCCAUAGGAAGGUCCCUGGGAAGGUUGGAAGAAGGUCCAUAGGAAGGUCCCUGGGAAGGUUGGAGGAAGGUCCAUAGGAAGGUCCCUGGGAAGGUUGGAGGAAGGUCCAUAGGAAGGUCCCUGGGAAGGUUGGAGGAAGGUCCAUAGGAAGGUCCCUGGGAAGGUUGGAGGAAGGUCCAUAGGAAGGUCCCUGGGAAGGUUGGCAGGAGCCCUGUCAGCUCAAGCCCUCAUUCCAUAACCCUCAGGGAGGGCUCUGCCAUGGGGCAGCUCCAGCAAAAAAGAAGGAAUCACAGAGUGGCUUGGAUUGGAAGGGACCCAGUGGUCCUGGAAUGUCUGGAAUGGGAAUGACCUGGAAUAAGGGGCUCUGCACAUCUUUGCUGGCAGUGAUGUUGAGGUCUGUGUGGAUCCUCCACCGCUGGAACUCACGGACCCACUGGAUGGUGGAGAAGGGAAUUCCUGGCUCAGCUUGGACAUGGUCACAGCACUGAGUUCCACACUGGAGCUUUUGGGAACCCCUGGGCCCCAGUUCGUGCCGAGCUCCACAUCAGAGUCUUUGGGAAUUCUCAUCCCCGAGCCCAGCCUGGAUGUGUCACAGGUGGCACCGAGCUCCAUGUGGGAGCCUUUGGGAGCACACUGGGAAUCACGGGAGCCAUCUCGUGCCUCGCUCCUCCUUAGCAAGAGUUGUCACCCAGGAGGUGAGUCCUCCAGGCGGGUCUGAGGAUUUGGGGGCCGUCCCGGACCACCGGAGCAGGAGCACGGACGCCUUGCCGAGGAACAGGGAAGCGUUUCCCUUGGGAGCGCUCGGAGCGCGGUGCCCCCGGAGCUGAGCCUGCCCUCGCCUCUGGAACUCUUGGAGACGCUCAGACUGAGAUGUGGAGUUCAAAGGAAGACUCUUCAUCCCUUAAUGACUCACUGGAGAGAUCGGCUCCUUAACGCCUCCAGUAACAGCAUUCCCAGAAGGCCCAAUUAUCCGUCCUGCAAGCGCCUGAUCCCUUUUCCUUUGGACAGAACUUCCCUCUCCAUCAGCUAGAGUUUCUCUGCUUGUGAUCCGCUUCCUGUGAGACCUGAGCUCCCUUUUUUGUGAUUCUGCUGCCUUUCCAAAGGCUCCUUUUCCUGGCUGCACCGAAGGAGCAAUCCCAGGAAUGAUCCAGUGCUGCCGAGCUCGGGAGCUGCCAGAAUUGGGAUUCGUGCGUUCGGAGACCGACUGAAGGAGCUGCCACAUCCCAGCUCAUGGAAGAACCUGGAGCACCAGCAAUGCCACUCCCUCAUGGCUGCCACCUUUCCGAGGGCCAGGAAAAGACACCAGGAAUGGGAAGUGGAGGAAGAGCUCCGUUGUCUCGCUGAGCUCCCUCGCAUGGACUCGUUGCCUCGAGGAGAAGGAUGAUUCCGUAGGGCUCAUGAAGCCUGGAAAAGCUGAGGGCUGGGAUAGCAGCACCCCAAAAAGUGAGCCAGUAGUUUGUCUGAUGGUCCCUGAGGAGUUAACUCGGGAUCUGGGACUGUCCAGCUGCCUGAUCCCAGGCUGGAGAGCAGCGCUGCCGAAGGGGCGGGAGCCAGGGACACACUUCCAUAGGGCAUGGCCAGGACCAGGUGCUCCGUGGAAGAGGAUGGAGCUGCAGGUGACACCCGACCAGCCAGGCCUGCUGCCCCUUCCAUUCACCUUCCUGGCACCGAGUGUGCCCGGAAUUCCCAACGGGAGUGCAGCAACACGAGUGCAUCCGUGGGUCUGGGAGAAACACCCACCUUGGAGCCUGCAGUGCUUCUUUGGCCUGUCCGUGGCUGCUGCCUUUGGGUCUUCCAGCAGAUCCAGAACUUUCUCUCCAUCACUUCCCACAGAGCCAAGGUCCUUGGAUGGGCUCCCGACGGGACAUGGCCACGUUCUGUCCUGGCACUUCUCAUCCUCCAGCCCCCAAGGAUGUUCAGCUCUUCCUUGUCGGAGCUUCCCAAAGGUGAUUCAUCGUCCUGCUGCCUCACAACCCUCCUCCACCGUGCCAGGGAGGCAGGGAAGUGGGAAUUAGAGGGAAUGUGCCUCAUCCUGUGGACCUGCAGUCGUGUCCAGCUCAUCUCCUCGGGACCAUCCUUGUGAGGAAUCGUUGGAGCUCAUUAACGUCCCCCAAACGAGGAUCUGGCACGAUGUGGCAUUGGUGGCACCGGUUGGUGCCAUGGAGUGUAGCCCUCAGACUGCUGUUGCCGCCAACAGGAUUCCAGAGUGUCCAUCUGUUCCGGGAGGGACCUGAGAUGGGAGGCAGAGCACAGAGAUGGCAGGGAAAUGAGGCCCCACAUUCCAGUGUGCAGGAAUUGUAAGGAUCAGUUUGGAGGACAAGUGAAGUGACAGUGCUUGGACAGGACUAGGGUAGGGCAGGAUAGGAUGGGAUGGGAUAGGAUAGGAUAGGAUAGGAUAGGAUAGGAUAG